AUGUGCGUAUUAGCUGUAAUUCUUUUUUACUUAAUCUUUUUGAAUAAACUCAGUUUGACUUUGAAAUGUUAUGAAUGCACAGGCUAUGUUCCGUGUGGCAGUGGUCAAACUAACCUGUUGGUCAACUGCCCUGGCAAAUGUGUCGUUUAUAAGAAUCAAUUCGAUCAAGGAAUGAUCGUCCGACGGUGUUGCUACAGUAACUGUGGAAGUGAAGGAUUGAAUAAGUUCGAAGGACGAGAUGCAUAUGUUUGUUCAACGGAUAUGUGUAAUGGUGAUCAAGCUGACCCGUUUUUGUCAGGUGGUAGUAUUACUACUACAACAGUAGAAGAAGGAAGCGGAGAAGAAAUUCAAUCAACAACAACGCCAGUGUUUGUGAUAUCAACGACAAUAACCAUAAAAACAAGUCAAACGACAACGGUUAGUUGUCAUGAAUGUACUGGUCAUUAUUCCGGAUGCGGAACUUCUCCACAUACGAUUAUAAACAAUUGUCGAAUGUGUAUGGUCUAUAAAAACGUGUGGGACGGAAACACGAUCGUUCGACGUUGUUGCUAUAGUAAUUGUGGACCGGCAAAUACGGUGCAACAAUACGAAGGUCGACAAACGUAUUUUUGCGCAUCUAAUCUCUGUAAUGGUAUAGGUUCUGAAAAUGCACUCCCAUCGACAAGAGGUCUAUUAUUAGCAGAUGAUUCAUUACCGAGCAAUUGA